AUGCGUUCGAACUACACGAAAGGCAGCCUCGACGAGUCCAACGCCGGCGACGACCCGCUGCGACUCUUCCAGCGCUGGUUCGACAAGGCCGUCGCGGCGAAGCUGCUCGAGCCGAACGCGGUGACGCUGUCGACGGUCGACGCCGCGACGAUGCAGCCGUCGAGCCGCGUCGUGCUCCUGAAGGGCUUCGACGAGAGCGGCUUCACGUUCUACACGAACUAUGCCGGCCGCAAGGCCCGCGAGCUGGCGGCGACGCCGAAGGCCGCCAUGAACGUCCUCUGGCUGCCGCUGGAGCGCCAGGUGAGAAUAGAGGGCACAAUCGCCAAGGUCGGCGCGGCGGAGACGGAGGCCUACUUCCGCUCGCGGCCGCGCGCGAGCCAGAUCGGCGCCUGGGCGUCGCGCCAGAGCGCCGUCGUCGGCUCGGCCGCCGAGCUCUCGGACCGCGAGGCGGAGCUCGAGCGGCGCUUCGAGGGGCGCGACGUGCCCCUGCCGGAUUUUUGGGGCGGCUACCGGCUCCGGCCGACGAUGAUCGAGUUCUGGCAGGGCAAGCAGAGCCGCCUCCACGACCGCAUCGCCUUCCGCGCCGCGGACGCGGGCGCCUGGACGCGCGAGCGCCUCGCGCCCUGA